AUGUCAUCCGUCGUAGAUGAAUUAUCUAGUAUUUGUUAUCGUACAGCCAUUCUAUCGGCAGAAUCAUUACCAGAAAACAAAGUACUGACUAACAAAGAUGAACAUAUUGUUGAUCAUCUAACUGAUCAAUUCAACCCAUCUCAAUGGGUUUAUGGCAAUGUCCGUUCUAAUGCUCCUGUUGUUAUUUUCUAUGGUCCUCAACAUUCAUCUUUAAGAAUUGCAUUGAUCGCAUAUUUAACAGUUGAGGAUAUAACGUUGAUACUUUUUUCGGUAGAAGAACAUCUGUGGCAAUGGUUAGAUUUAAAUUCAUCGUUAACAGUUGCUUCUAUCAUUCUUCAGCCAAUCAUUCAAAUUCAAAAAUUUAUUGCUCGAAGUCAUACUUAUGUUGGUAUUCGUUCGAUUCUUGUCCGUUGUAGAACAACUGAUUUAACAACAAUACAACGAUUUUCAAGAUUUUAUAGAAAAGUCGAUGGCAUUUUUGAUGAUGAUACUCGUCUUUCGAUCAAAUUAGUGGUUGGUCUGACACAUUUCUCCGAAGAAAUAGGAGAUCAACAAAGAGAAGACAACAACAAUGAAAUGGAAGCUCAAAGGAACUAUGCACGAGCACUUAAGUUGUGUGCGUUGAUGAAGAAAAUUUAA